AUGUUUUCUUUUCUCCUUGUGUUGUCUCUGUUGUUUGCUGGAAGUGAGCAGCUCAUCACGGACUUCUGCAAGACGAGCUACUGCAAACCUGGAGUCCAAAAUGUAGGCUGUAACCCACCACCGAUCGAAGGUGGACCGGCCUGUGAAGGGAAGCUCGCAUCCGAAGCGAACCUUACCAUCUACGGCCAAAAGAUUAUCGUACACCAGCAUAACCUGUUGCGGUCUCGUUUGGCGAAGGGCGAGCUUAAACCGUUUGCUGCUGCCUCACGGAUGCCUCUACUUAUCUGGGACGACGAACUAGCUGUACAAGCAAGCCACAACACGCGAUCUUGCGUGCUCAACCACGAUGAGUGUCCUAACACGGCGCAGUUCCGAUUCGUGGGCCAAAACAUCGAUCUGUUCCGGUACACCUACCCAUCCAUUGAACCGCCUUAUCUCAUUGUUCAGCGUAUCUACAACUGGUGGCGUGAAUUCAACCAAACAACUCAAGCGCAGCUCGACAACUAUCCUUCGAUCACUCCUACGUCACCGAUCGAGCACUUUGCGCAGAUGAUCAAUGAUCGUGCGUGGAAAAUUGGUUGUUCCAUCCAGCGAUGGUUCGACGCCCAGUUCUACAAUGUGUUUUACUUCGUGUGUAACUAUUCGUUCCGCAACAUGCCAGGUCAGCCGGUGUAUACAAAAGGACCACCGGCUUCCCAAUGUGCCACGGGUGAGCACGAGGUUUAUCCCGGGCUUUGCAGCGUCCGCGAGUACAUCUCGUCCACACCGAAUGCGAUAACGAAUUGA